AUGCCUUCCAGGAAGAAAAGCAGCAUGUUUGGCUGUGCCUUCGGGAGCUGUGUGGGUUCCUUUGUGGUGAUCUGCGUGGCGCUGGCCACCCCGCACUGGGCCAGUAGCCAAGAGCGCUUCUCGCGCCCCAACGGCAGCGUCACCAUCAGCCUCGGCUACGGCCUCUUCCGAGGAACCUGCGAGCAGUUCGUGGAUGCAGGGCUGCARGUGUCCCAAACCACCUUCCAAGUCGCAGAUGCUCUGAGUGGCACCACGAGCCGCGGGCUGACCGUGGCCACCAUCGCUGUGCUGGUGUUAGCCCUGCUCUGCUCCCUGCUCAGCUCGGGCUUCACCUGCACCAACACCGUCAGCAACCCCUACCAGACCUUCCUGGGACCCCUUGGGGUCUACACCUGGAAUUCCUCCUGUGGGGUGCUCACCCUCCUGGCCAUGAUCCUGUUCCCUGUGAACGUGCAGGGCAGCAGCCUGUCCAGGGAACUGGCCCACGGCUGCUCCUCCUCUCUGCAGACACACCUGAGCUCCCAGCACACCUACGGAUAUUCCUACUGGAUCCUGCUGCUCGUCAUCGCCCUCAACAUCGCCUCCUUCCUCGUCAUCUAUUUCUAUGACCACGCCACGUAUUCCAGGAAAAAGGAGCAGGAGAGACCCAUUGAGAAYGCGCCCAAGGAUGUGAUUCUGUUUUAGGGACAGAGGGUGCAAAGGAUGGGGAUUUUUUUCAUGUGGGCAGCGAAUUUCUGCUCACACCAGACUGUGUGUGCACUGUCCAAAUCCCAAAUUA